AUAAAAUCUUUUGCUACAUUUAUACAAUGGUUGUGAAAGCUUUGACAAGUUCUUUAAAAUCAAAUAUGAUGCAAUAUUCUUCGACAAGGGUAAUUUCGUUACUACGCGACCCCGUUUAUUAAAGAGAUAGUGUUUUUAGAGGAUUGCAAGAUUCUUUGUUUGAAUUAAGCCCCUGCUUGGUUGCAUUUUUUGGAUAAUAUCUGAUAGCCAUCUUCCUUAAUAAAACAAACUUGCUUAUCUCUUUUACUUGAUUCCACUUGCCUUUAAAGGGCGCCUUGCGUCCUGGCUAGGGAUGUAUCCUAAAGUAUUUCUUUUGUAGGGGAUCUGGGGCUCCAAACAGGAAGUGACGUAUUUAGCGGUGACUAAAUAGCAUGCAUAAUGUCAACAAUUAAAAUCACGGAAUUGACGCUGCCCAGCGACGGAUUUGAUUUAGAAUAUGGAGUCAAGUCAAUGAAGUUGUAAACGAAGGCUUGUUCGCAAAGCUGAUGAAUUGUGAUCUGCAUCGCAAAAAUCUUGUGAUAGCAGCAGGAUUUUGCUGUCAGCCUUUUGCAGUUUGUUGUAUCGCAGCUAGCUAGAAUCUUGAAUCACUUGUUUGUUUAUUGCAACGUGUUGCAUUUGCAAGAUGGGCAAUGAUGUUGCCAAGCAGCCUCAGAGCAGAUUGGAUCUGCUUCAAAUAUCAAAGAACCUUUAUGAGUUUAUCAAUGCAGUCAACCAAAGAUAUACACUUUACAUGAGCCCUGUCAUCAAAAAUGCAAUACAGAGGUAUGAGCAAAAAUGGUUGCCACUUGCCGCAGAAAAUCUUGACAAAGUGCUAGUUGCCCCUCUUGAUAUUGAAUGGAUCUGGUAUGUGCACAUGAUGAACCCUGUUGCCUAUGAGGAAGAUUGCCUAACACAUGCAGGGGGUAAAGUCAUCAAUCAUAAAGUAUAUUCACGUGAAGAACGUGCGCAGCUUAUCCAGGUGACGAAAGAGCUUUGGAACCGAUCCUACCCCGGAGAGGUAUUUUAUGCCGACCUGAAAGACCCCAAUCCGCCCGUUGAUCCAUCGUUUAAGAGUAGCCUUGGUUAUGACUUAGAGAAAGCUGUUGCCAAGGAGAUGAUUUUCAAUUACCAGAUUGCACUGCCUCAUUUUCGCGACGAAAAUUUCUUGAGAGAGGCUGUAAAGAGAUACUGGUUUAUGCUCAUGGCUUACAAAGAAUCAUCAGAGGUCCCAGUUGUGCCAUAUUCUGAUAAUGACCUCGUCUGGCACGCGCACAUGGCACAUCCUAAGAUAUAUAAAAAGGAAACAAUUGAAUUGUUUUACUAUAUUUUGCCGCAUACUUAUAAUGAUAGUGUGCGGUUGCCAGGUACUGAAGCUUGGGCAAAAGUUACUAUCGCAAAGAAGGUUUGGGAGGAAAAGAAAAAGCCGAUAGCAGUACCUGGUGGAAUGUUUCGUGGCAAGCCUCCAGCUCCCGUUCCGGCCCGUAAUCCGGACCGUUACAAAGCAUACUCUCACAAAACAUAUUAUCUACAGCCAAAAGAACUCAGAAUCAAUGAUUUUGAGGAAGGAAGCUACCGGGUUGUUGUCAAGUGCGAGUCAAGAGAACCAGAAGUGACCAAAACGUUUAUUGUGUAUGACAGUGGGUUCUGCAAACUGCAAGAUAUUUUCUCCAAGAAGUUUGAUUUUGAUGCUGAUGAGUCAAGGUUUAUAUUGAGUACAGAUAGAUUCUAUGGCCUUUCUAUUUCCUUGUACAAAGAGCUUAGCGAAACCCUGUUCGAAAGUUACGUAGCCACAUGUGAUUUUCCGCCAAAGUCACUGGUGGGGAAGAAGAUAUCAGAAUUCAUGUUGUCAAUAACUUUGAAGUUUGCUGGUCACAUUGAUAAAACAGGGAAAUCUCCAUUACCUAACAAAGAGUUGCGACAAUUCAUGGGUACAUUCAGUCUUCGCUGUCCUAUCAUUAAAGCUGGAGACUACUCGCUGCAAGUUCAGAAGAAAGAAAGCACUUUCAGGUCUUAUCAAAGUCUUUCAGAGCUGCUUCAGUUGCCUGGAGUGGUAAUUCCUUUCCAUGUUGACAAAAGAGAUAUUGCGUGUCACUAUGCAGACCAUUUUAUAGUGGGAAGUCUCGGAGAGCCCGCGUUUCAUCUGCGGGUCGUGCACUGCCUCUUACCCAAAGUCUCUGUUGUUGAAGUCGCCGAUUUCAAUUCAGAAAUGGUGGCCAGUGCUCAUGUUGUCGAUAAUGGGACGCUUCCGAGUCCUAUACAAGUCCUAGAACCAAAAUCCUGUGUAACUUUAAAUCCACAAAUUCACAGGGCUAUGGUGGUCCGUGGUGAGAGUUGUGACUGGGGAAUUUUGAGGGCUUCCUGGCAAGGGUACCGGAAAUUCUUCAACCCCGGCUAUCUUGCUGUUGAAUUUUUCAUGCUUGGUUUGAAUCCCCAACAGUGGAUUCCCGUCCAUUGCAGUGGGCCAAACAAGACCGUUUUUACCCUUGACCUAAGAAAUUAUGAAGAGAUUGCAUGUCAGGUGACUGUUGAUGUUUCAAGUGCGACGGUCCGUUUUUUGGGGACAGCUUCGUAUGUACCAGAAUUGUUUUGUCUCUCCGCUUGUAUUGCAGUAUUAUUCACCUUGUGUCAGACAAGGGAGCCACCACCAACAGACAAUGAGGGUAAAUUGUUGCCUUAUUCGACGCUAUCAAAGAAAUCUUUUCGAUUGGAUGUCGACAAACUUGACUAUGUCGUGAGUGCUGGGUUAUAUUGUCAAUCUCUACCUUGUAAAUAUGAAGUCUAGUUUUGCCAUACAGCUUAUUUUAUCGAAAAUCAUCAGAGGCAGGGGAUUGAUAGGUCUGGGGGCCAUUCCCCACUUUCGUACAUUUCAGCCAAAAACUGGCCUCCUCGUGUGAUGACUUUAGCUAGCCCAAUUUUUCAAAAAAUAAUUUUAGGAGUCGCCAUUUCAGCUAAAAGAGGGCGUGUCGAAGAUAAUUGUCAGUGGGUCCCUUUACCCCUCUAUUUACACUGCCCACACUGCUUUUAAGUCAACGUAUUAUAUUUUAUCAGCUCAUUACGUUUCUGCCUAGUCUUUCCUUUGGAUUUUUGUUUGAGUUUACUAGAUUUAAGCUUUCCUUUAGAGUGGGAUGAGUUGAUUAGCUGGCUAAUCUAAAGAAAUGAAAUCAACAAUAUAGUUGAGAGUUGAGAACAGCAGAUACAUACAAACGUAUUCUUAACGGACGUGGGAGUUAAAUAGGUUGGUUUUUCUUAAUCGAUUAAGGUAGCUUGCUUGCUUGCUGUGGUGUUGUUUCAAAAAACUACUCAUCCAGUAGUAUUCCGUGCUUUGUUUUAAGGUUCGCGAGCUAAAUUACUGCUGUAAAGUUGAAACAGUUUUAUUGGGACUAAUUUUGAAAAGCAGAAGAAACAAUUCCGUUACCUCAAGGAAUUAAUAAAGACGCAUUUUAAAUGAUUUUCAAACAACUGUAUAUUUGAUGUAUUUAUCUGUUUGUGUUCACCAUUUUAGUCAUCAGAGGGAUUUUGUCAUUGUCCAUGUAUGAUUAAUCAAUCACAAACUUGUCAUUAUUUUGUUCUUCGGUAAUUUAUCAGCCAGGUAGAAUAUUGUGUAGUAAAUUUCGUAGUUGAUAUUUUAUGAUGAUUUAUUUAUUAUAGGCCUAUUUAUGAUAUUGUAGCACCGUAGGGGUAAUUGUGAUACUUGAAUAAAUGAACCGAUUUCGUGGUUUUUUUAGGGAUAAAAUUGCUUGAUGCUAACAUUCGAGGUUCUUGACAUUCGUAAAUGUUGAUAUGAAUUGAUAGUUUUGUAGAUGUA